AUGGGCAAUUACCUGAGCCGGCCUCGCCCUCGGCUGCCCUCCUCUUCUCUGCUGGGUGGGGACCAGCCCGAGACAACCGAGAUCCUCGGGCCCAGGCCCGCGCACCCCGCCCGCGGUGUUCCCCGGGGUGGCCGGGUUCACUCAGCGGCCUCGACCCUGGACGUAGCUGGCAGGCUGUCAUAUGAGGAUCUUGUGGCUUCACCACGUCGGCGGCGGCGGCGACACCGUCGGCGGUUUGCCAUAAUCCAUCGGCAGCAAUACCCAAUCCAGCAGGCCCGGUGUUUAUUUCUGACGGUCUUUUCCUCUGUGCCCCAGACCGGCCAUCCGAAGCCAGUGCUGUCUGCUUGCAGCUCCAAGAUGUUCUGCACCUCAGUGAUCCUGAAGAUGGCAUCGGCUAAGGGCAAACUGACGCUCCGUUUGGCUCUGAAGCAGACAGUCAUCUGUAUGUGGUCUUCACUGUCUGGUCACCUCCCAAAUCUGUGUGUAAGGGAGACCUUGGUGAGGGCCCUCGAAGAGAAUGGUCAAGUGAGAGCCAAGGCAGAGAAGGACCUGACCUCCUUGGUCGAGAGCAGGGAAGGGCCGGCAAAGUCAGAGGAAGGGCACCCAGGCCCCGAGAGGCAGGAUGAUCUGAGAAGAGGUGCCGAGGGCAGCCGGAGCGUGCAGUCAGCGUUUAGGCGGCUGAUGGUCAACGGAGUCCUCUCUGCCUUCGUGCCCAGGCCUGGGCCUCUGAAGAGAGACUUCUGUUCCACGAGCUUAGAAGAGAGCCUGAUUAAGAAAUCCCACACCUGCUUUUUGAGCUCCUGCAGCAAACGCAAUGCCAUCACGAGCUCUUACAGCUCGACUCGAGGUUUCCCAUCACCGCAGAGAUGCUGCCGAGGCGCUGCCGCGAUCUGGGUACCAGCCUCAUCCCAGCCCCGGCUGCCCACGAAGAAAGCCAGCGAGAGCUAUCAUUCUAGCUCUUCAGCCUCAGCAGAACCACAAAGGAAGAUCAGGAAUGAAAAGGCUGCAGAUGCACCUUCUGGGCAGAAGCAAAGUUUGAGGAAUCGCUCACCUCCAUCUGAUGGUUCCAGGCCCCAGAAGCGCAAGAUUCCUCUAUUGCCGUCGUCGAGGCGAAAUGACCCACUGAUCCUGCCCCCACCGCCCCAGCUAGGUUAUCGAGUCACUGCUGAAGACCUUGACUUAGAGAAGAGAGCUGCGAUCCAGUGGAUCAACAAGGUCUUGGAAGGAUGAUGGAGCUCAGAUCCAGAGCAAACUUGAGGACAGUGACAUCAUGACUCAUCUGCAUAUGGGCUCAACCUCAAAUCUGAGUGUCUAGGCUUUACUCUGUGCUUGUAGUGCAAUAUUACAUUCCAUGUAGGGUCAUUUUGAUACUUAAAUAAGAUAAUCAUCUAAAGUGC